AUGGAAGGUCACAAGGUAGAAGAGGAGGGAUGUGUGGGGGACGAUCGGUUGUGCAAGUUUGAGGAGAUCCAUCCAGAGGUCAGACCAGAUGGAUCCAGUAAUGGCAACCCACCAGAGAGAUGUCCCCGUCCUUUGUAUUCCCGGGAUUCCACACAGGAAGGUCACACCAUCCCUCACCAUCAUCAGGUAGAUGGAUCCAGUAACGGGAACCCACCGGAGAGAUGUCCCCGUCCUCUGUAUUCUCAGGAUUCCACACAGGAAGAUCCCACCAUCCCUCACUAUCAUCAGGGGAAAGAGGUGAAAACCGAGGUUAAAGACGAAGAAGACAUAUGUGUGAGGAGAAAUCUGCCGUCUAUGAAGGAACCUGAAAUGAUGGUGACAACUACCAAAGAGGAAUCUUCUCUCUAUAUCAGCACAGGCGGACACGAUGGCUGGAAUAUUUCAGAAGGACAUCUUAUUUUACCUUCAGAUUAUAACGAAGAUGGUGGCCUGGCAUGUUAUUCUGCAGAAGGCCUUGGCACCCAAUAUAUACAUCACAGACUUGAUGAUCUGGAGAGCUCAGCAGAUUCUUUUAUUUAUGAGGAAUCCAACGAUAAACCUGAUGUCCAGGAAAGCUGCCACAGU